CAUCUAUCUGCUGCUCGUCACUGCAAACCCCGUCGAGCACGACACCCCUCUGCCAUGUCUGCCAUCCAGCUCGCAAAAAAGGCUGUUAAUCUCCCUCCGACCGUGCGCACCCUUGCGUCGGGUGUACCUGCUGCCCCUUACAUCAACCUUGCCGUCCGCGAGCCUGUGGGACACGGUCACGGGCACGGGCACGCUGUUGGCCCGCGGCAGGAUGUCCCUCCGAAGUGGGCGGGCAGCGUCACUGCUAGUUCAUCUGCGGGUUUGAUCUCUAAGAGUAUGGUAAAUGUGCCGACCACUGGUUUCUAUCAGAGGCGCCUCAUCCACUCGACCGUCCCCGCCAAGGUCGAGCCGCAAGUGCCCGACUUCUCGCACUAUGAGGCCAAGUCCGAGUCGACGAACCGUGGCAUCGCAUACCUCAUGAUCGGCUCGAUGGGCGUGCUGACCGCGUCGGUGGCCAAAUCUACGGUGACGGGCCUGCUGACGACGCUCUCCGCGUCCGCGGAGGUGCUCGCGAUGGCGAAGGUCGAGAUCGGAAUGGCGGCGAUCCCUGAGGGCAAGAACGUGAUCAUCAAGUGGCGCGGCAGGCCCGUGUUCAUCCGCCACCGCACGCAGGACGAGAUCCAGGAGGCGCGGAGCACGGACUGGAAGUCGCUGCGCGACCCGCAGUCGGACGAGUCGCGCACGAAGAAGCCGGAGUGGCUGGUCAUGCUGGGUGUCUGUACCCACUUGGGUUGCGUGCCGAUCGGUGAGGCGGGUGACUAUGGUGGAUGGUGCGUGAAAAGUGCCGUUGUGUUCUGCCCCUGCCAUGGUUCGCACUACGAUAUUUCUGGACGUAUUCGCAAGGGCCCUGCCCCCAGCAACUUGGAGAUCCCUCCGUACGACCUUGACGAGGCGGACGAAAAGAUUGUCGUUGGUUGA